GUUAAAUUGAUAAAAUUCCGAUAAUAAUAAUCUUUCUCACCCUAUACCGUAAGAGAAAGAAUGACCUGAUCAUGGAAAGUUAGAAAAGGUACAAAAGACGAUUGAUUCUUGACGAAUCUGUCACAGUUCGAAAUAGAAGAAACGGAGAAAAGAAUGUCAAAAUAAAGAACUUUGAUUUCUCGCAUCGAAGAUUGUUUUGAAUUAUCAAAUUUUAAGGCCGGCAACAAUGGACUACUAAUGUCGUAGAAGACUAUCUUCCAAUCUCGGUUCAAUUCAAGAUUGACAAAGGUGGGAUGGGCUCUGCUGGUAUGAAGUCCUUCAGAGCAUUAGCGCUCUUUGGUGCUGGAGUUUCUGGGCUUAUUGGAUUUGCAACAAUUUCUUACUCAGAUGAAGCAGAGCAUGGCUUAGAGUCUCCAAGCUAUCCAUGGCCUCACAAAGGCAUUCUCAGCUCAUAUGACCACUCUUCAAUUCGUCGAGGUCACAAGGUUUACACGGAAGUGUGUGCAUCUUGCCAUUCAAUGUCACUGGUUUCAUAUCGCGAUCUUGUUGGUGUGGCAUACACUGAGGAAGAAACAAAGGCAAUGGCUGCUGAGAUUGAAGUGGUCGAUGGCCCUAAUGAUGAAGGCGAGAUGUUCACACGUCCUGGAAAGCUCAGUGAUCGGUUUCCACAGCCUUAUGCAAACGAAGCUGCUGCAAGGUUUGCUAAUGGAGGGGCUUAUCCACCUGAUCUAAGUCUCAUUACGAAGGCCCGUCACAAUGGUCAAAAUUAUGUUUUUGCACUUCUUACCGGCUAUCGUGAUCCACCUGCUGGUGUCUCGAUUCGUGAAGGGCUUCACUAUAACCCCUACUUCCCUGGUGGUGCAAUUGCUAUGCCUAAAAUGCUAAACGAUGGUGCUGUUGAAUAUGAAGAUGGUACUCCUGCAACAGAAGCACAGAUGGGAAAAGAUGUUGUAUCAUUUUUGUCAUGGGCUGCUGAGCCAGAAAUGGAAGAGAGAAAACUGAUGGGGUUCAAGUGGAUAUUUGUGCUAUCACUUGCACUUCUUCAAGCAGCAUAUUACCGGCGCUUGAGGUGGUCGGUUCUCAAGUCAAGGAAGCUGGUUGUUGAUGUUGUCAAUUGAUCCUUCAAUCCCACUUUUUUCGCUAUGAACGUUUGGGGUCCAUCUUGGAGGAUAUUUUUAAAAAUAAUAAUGCUACAGUGCAAAUUUCAAUUAGUUUGGUACUUUGGGUUGUAUUUCAAUAGGUUAGGUGAUGAUGAUGAAGUGAAUCCAUCUUUCAACAAUUCUUUGAUGUAUUUUGGAAAUAAGACAGCACUCAUAUACAGUCUAACGCCCCCUUCACUAUAGUUUUUUUUUGUAGUUUACCUUUCGAGUUUUGUUCACUCGCAAUUUUUGGUUUAUAGUGACCUUGCGUUAUUGGCUUAUUG